GAACAGAUCCCUGAGGCACACCACUGAUCUCCGAGAUGCAUGCAGAUUAUGACCCGCCUACAGCCACGAUGGACAACCAUUUCUAUGGGCAAGCCAGUUCUGGAUCCACAAAAACAAACUUGUUGACAGGAAUGGAUCAACAGGAAAGGCGCUUUUUAUUUGAUAUCAACGUUGCAAAACCUCACGAUGGGCCGAAGAAAGAAUGGUCAGACAAUGGGUUGGAUAUGCUGGAAAUGAGCUCAAUCGAGGAAGAGCUGAACCUGAUGUAUCGUACGCGGAAAUUAAUGUGAAGAUGCUCACGGAGCCCAGGGUCCGGAUAGUUGGAGUCGGUCUGAACUCCACCUACUCAGAGCUGAAUUUUCGGAAAGAAGAAACCCGCGUCAAUAAGGACGAAGAUCCUCCCAUUUCCUCCGGACACAGCAGGCUGUCAAGCUCUGCACAAACAGGUCCGCAUAAACAGGAGACGAACGAGAACAUCGGAAAUAGACGGUACCGGAAGAUCUGCCUUCUCUGCCUAGUUACGUCCGUCCUUGUCGCGAUAGUGGCCGGGCUGUCGAUCUAUGUAUCACAGAUUCGUCACUCUCUGAUCACCUGCGACCGAGACCACCAGGAAAUUUGGGAACAAUAUCAGGAGAUAAACCGGAACCAGCUGCAAUGUCGACUUCAGCAAGAUGAGUUGAACAAAACACUUGAAUCCAGCAUAACCCAGAAUUCCCGCCUGGCUCUCUCCCGGAGCACCUGUCUCAAGGAUAUCUCCGUCCUCAACAACAACCUCUCCAUCCUCGAAAACAAAUUGUUCGUCCUCGAAAAUGAAAACUCCGUCCUGAAAACCCAUCUCUCCGAUCUGAAUCAAAUCGAAACCAACCUCCGUCAAAAGAACAGUGACCUCGAAAAUCAGUACCGAUCUCUGAUCAAAGAGAAGGGUCAAAUCUGUCAACUGCUGACCAGCAGAAAAGAACAAACGUGUUCCCAGAACUGGAUCAGAAAUAAAGGCCGCUGUUAUUUCAUAUCCACCGUCUACGUUUCUUACGAUGAAGCAAAACAACAUUGUUCAAGCUUUGAUUCAAGACUGCUUGAAAUAAAUUCAAAUGACGAAGCGAGUUUUAUUUCCAACUCUAUUCUCUACCGUUACCGGACAUAUUGGAUCGGAAAAUGUGAAGACCGGAACGUGGAAUCUAAUCUCCUGUAUACUGUGAAAGAUAGAAAACCCACCUGCACUCGGUGUAAAGCGUACGGAUGGACUUACAACUGCAGUGAUGGACACUAUUUCAUCUGUGAGAAGUCUGCUCCUUUGUCCCCGGAUGUUCUUGAAAAGAUGCUUGAUCUCUGUCAAGAUCCCAUGGGUGCAUUUUGAGUCAAGUGACGACCCCUCUUUCCACACCCCCCGCAUCUCUCCCUAACUCUCACUCCCCUAUCCUCUCCCAAUCUCCCAACCUCUCUGCCCCAUUCUCCUGGCUCACUCUCGUCACCAUUCUCUCCCCCGCUCUCCUUCGCAACUCCUCUCUAUACCCAACCUGCCCGCUGCUGAUCUCCAUCUCCCACUCUGUUUCCCCUUUCCCUACGCCGUCCUUAUCAUAGUCCCGUCCUUUCCGCUCUCCCUUCUCUUUCCAGCCUAUCUUUCCCUACUCUCUGCACACCCACUCUCAUCUUCAUUCUGUGCCCUCUGGCUAUUGAUUACCCCAACCUUGCGGAAAAUGUCUCUGCACAUUCACCCUAUCUGUGCCACUAGUGGAUAUAUACGCCCCUGCCAGGCCACCUCUACCCUCCAAAGGAAUAAAGUCACAUCUUUCCUUACUUCUCUCCAUAACUCAGUCUAUCUAGUUCUCUAAACAACCUCGUAGAUCUUCCUCUGCACUCUUUCCAGCUCAGUGGCAUCGUUUCCACAGCAGUGGGACCAAAACGCAAGCACGAACGUCUUCUACAAUUGCAACGUUUCCUGGUGAAUCCUGGGCUCAGCGCCCUGACUGAUGAAGGUCCGGGUGUCGAAUCUCCUCUCUACCGGUGUCGCUUCUUUU